UGCCAGUAGUAGUCGGCUGCGCGCUCUCUCACACGCACGUUAUAUUCUCCAGUGUGUACAGCUCGAGAUGUGCUGAUUGUUUAUGAUAAGCGUAGUACUCUCAUUGUGCGCACCUGUAUGUUGUAUAUGGACGAGUAUUGUGUGACAAUUCAUUUGUACGAACUGAUGACAUGUUGAGACCUGUACUGUGGAUACUAGUGACACUGUUGUCAUGGAGCGAAGCGAAAGAAAACUUAACAAUAGGUGGACUAUUCGAAAGCAAUGACAACUUCAUGCAACAAGCAUUUGUCUACGGCACAGAAUGGAUCAACGCAAGAAAAGUCUUAUCACAAUUCGACCUAGUUCCACAACUGCAAGAAGUCGACCCUUACGACAACUUUCGGGUCUCUCUGAAAGUCUGCAACAUGAUGAGGGCUGGAGUAGCGGGAAUAUUCGGUCCUCACUCCGUGGACACGAGCGACCACGUGCAGUCCAUCUGUGACGCCAAGGAGAUACCUCAUAUCGAGAUGAGAUGGGACUCCAGGCAGAGGCGAGGUGCUUGUCUCAUCAAUCUCUACCCACAUCCCUCUACUAUGAGUAAGGUGUUUGUUGACCUCGUGAAAGUGUAUGAGUGGGAAAGCUUCACGCUGGUCUAUGAAGACAACGAUGGUUUGAUCAGACUCAACGGGCUGCUGACUUACUAUGACCAUAAAGGCUUCCCCGUGACAGUGCGUCAGCUGGACGACGGCGGCAACUUUCGACCCGUAUUGAGAAGGAUCAAGAACACGAACGAGAAGAACAUCGUGUUAGACUGUUCUACUGAGAGCUUGUAUACGGUGCUGCUUCACGCUCAGCAAGUGGGAUUGAUGGGCAGUGACUACAGUUACAUCAUCACUUCAUUGGAUCUACAUACAAUUGACCUGGAACCGUUCAUGUACGCCGGUACCAACAUUACGGGAGUCCGGUUUUUUGACCCGGAGAGCGCAGAGGUGCAGCAGGUGAUCAAGUUUUGGGCGGAGAGAAAAAAGGACCACGGCCAGGACAUUAAAGCUGAGACAUUACUGGCAGAAACAGCCCUGGUACACGACGCUGUGCUGCUCUAUGCGAAAGCUCUCGAUGAGUUCCUCAAAGGACGACAGCUUGAGCUCAAGUCUUUGAGCUGCGACAAUAACGAUAACUGGGAACAUGGAUACAGCAUAAUUAAUUUUAUGAAAGUGAGUGAAGUUACAGGACUUAGCGGCCUUAUAAAGUUUGAUCAUGAAGGUUUCCGAUCAGACUUCAAGCUAGACAUCAUCGAGUUGACCUCGGAAGGGAUCGUGAAGAAAGGUACAUGGAACGCCUCCGAGGGCGUCAACUUCACACAGACAGUCGAGGCGGAGGACGAGGCGAACCUGAAACUGGACCUGAAAAACGUAACAUUUGUCGUUAUGAUUUCGUUGGUGGAUCCCCAUGCAAUGCUGAGGGAGACGACGUCCAAGCUGGAAGGUAACGCUAAGUACGAAGGGAUGGGCAUAGAUGUAAUCCAUGAGCUGUCACUGAUGAAUGGCUUCAAUUACACGUUCCGCGAACAAGAGGAUGGUAACAGUGGGAACCCGGACAAGGUCACCGGCAAGUGGGAUGGCAUGAUCGGCAAAGUCAUCGCAGGUGAAGCUGAUUUGGCGAUAGCUGACAUAACCAUAACUCGAGAAAGAGAGCAGGAUGUGGAUUUCACUAUGCCUUACAUGACCUUAGGAAUCAGUAUACUGUACAAAAAGCCAAAGAAGUCUCCCAGCCUGUUUUCCUUUAUGUCCCCGUUCAGUGAUGCAGUAUGGAAGUCAGUGCUGGCAGCCUACGUAGGAGUCUCCCUCCUCAUGUACAUAAUUGCUAGAAUAAGUCCCAAGGAGUGGGCAAACCCGAACCCGUGCAUCGACGAAUCCCAACUGGAAGAAUUUGAGAACCAGUUCAGUCUCAACAACGCAUUCUGGUAUGUGACAGGUGCCAUCUUACAACAGGGCUCCGAGUUAGCACCUGCAGCAACUUCCACGCGGCUGUUGGCCAGUGCAUGGAGUUUCUUCGUUCUAAUCAUUGCCAACUCCUACACAGCCAAUCUGGCUGCUUUCCUCACAGUAGAGCGGAACAACGAGCUCUUCUCUUCAGUAGGCGAGUUGGCAGGACAGGCGCCCGACGCUCCAGUCUUCGUCAAGUACGGGGCAAAGGCCGGAGGUGCUACAGAGGGUUUCUUUAAGCGUUCCAACCACACGACAUACCAGAAGAUGUGGCAGUACAUGAGUGACAACUACGAUGACGUCAUGACCAAGUCCAACAAGGAGGGGGUGGAUCGAGUGCUGGGAAAAGAGGAGUACGCAUUCCUCAUGGAGUCAGCGUCCAUUGAUUACGAGGUGGAGCGCAAGUGUCAACUGCGUCAAGUCGGCCAACCUCUCGACAACAAGGGCUACGGCAUCGUUAUGCCUAAGAAAGCCUGGUACAGAAACCUACUAAGCAGUAGCGUUAUAAAACUUCAGGAGAAAGGAAAACUGAGACAAUUAUAUAAGAAAUGGUGGACAGAGAAAAGAGGCGGAGGAGCUUGUAAUGUAGACGAAGGUGGGGGAGAAGCAGAAGAAUUGGAUCUGGACAACGUAGGUGGAGUGUUCCUCGUGCUGGUGUUCGGUUCUCUCUUAGCUUGUUUCAUCGCACUUGGGGAGCUCAUGUAUGAAGUUUUCAUCAAAGAAGACAAGGACUCUUUCUGGAGUGAACUAAAGAAGGAACUCAAAUUUGUGAUUAGCUGCAAAGGAACAGUGAAACAGCUCAAACCAUCAUCAGAGAAUGGCGACGGGUCAGCUGAGGAGAUCGUGGUUAACGAAGAACGAAAGUCCAAGACUCCUAAUGGUCUAAGAAAACGUUCAUAGAGAUACACAGUACAAAUUCCCAUAAAAAAGAAAGUAAACAUGUUUGUGUCUUUUAGGACACUACAGAGCAGAUAUAAACAAAUAAAAUAAUGUUUAUUUUAAGGAUAUUGAUAUUGAUUAAGAUUAGGCUGAACUUGCCAAAGUAUAUAAGAAUUUUAUUUUUGAUAAAAUACUAAUUUCUUCAUUUGUUCCGAUGUUGAAUUUAGGAUCAUAAUAACUGUAAUUUACAAUUUUCUUGUGCAUAAUCCUAUUAACAAAAAAUUCUUUGAUUUUUUUCAUUUUGUAAUUUUAAAUGUAUUGAAGCAAACAUCAUCAACUUUGUCUUUAGUACACUCCAUAAAGUAAAUAUUUAUUUUGUGGAGAAAAUCAAGUCUUGAGUUUUUUGUUAAAAAUGUCCCUUUUAGAACGUCCUGAGUACAAAAAGUGGUCCAGUAAAGGGACUGCAGGUGUGUAUUGUAUGUAUAUGUAUUCACAUCUAUGUAUUGUAUAGAGUGAUCACAUGAAUGGUUCAAGUUUUAUUAAAUUUAACAUAUAAGGGUGUAAGUUUUAACAUCACCAGGUGGGAUCACUUCUGGUUGGUUUAUAUCUGGCCAUUAGAACCUAUACUUGGUACAGCAAAAAACCGGUCUCUCACUUAAAUCUGGACAACCCAAUGGAUGUCCAGGAAAAGCAAAUCACUAAACGAAAAUGUUGAGAUAUUGGAGUAAAAGGGGCUGGUUAAUAGGUCUAGUUAACUGCGGAGGAUGACUGUUGAGAGCGGAUAGAGCUCCCUUGAAAGAUUUGUCAAGCCUAAACAAGUAGGAAUAUUUGUCUUGGAAUAUUCACAGGAAGACAAGACUAAGAUAGUGCCCAUUAUCUGCAUGGGAUAUUGACAGGAAGCAACUCUUAUCCCAGAACUUGCACAUUUUGAAUAUCCUUAU